UGUUAAUUAUGAAUCAAUGCUGCUCUGCCAGCAAAAGGAUUGCACAAAUGACAAAGUUGGAUUUUACUGAAAUGACCAUGAAAGAAUUAUCUGUCAGACUUGUAAGGAAGAGUCCCAUUUUGAUUGAGAGACAGAAAGGGAUUUUAGAGGCGAGAUUGAGCGAGUUUUAACAUUUUUAAAGCAAUUCAUGCAGUGAUUUGGCACAUAUGUUGUUGACUGUGAGGCUCUUGAGGAAUGCAUUGGGUUGAAAGAAGAAAUUCAAACAUUGAAUGAGAAGAUUGAAGGAUACCAACAGACUUUUGAAGAGCAAUUGAUAACAGCAGAUACAAAAAUCUCCAAUUCUCUGCUACUCCAACUCCAAAAAUUCCAAUCAAAUCUCUGACUCAACUCGUUCUUCUCAAAAAUCACCUAUCUAAAAACCCUAGCACUUCUAAGAUCCCAUAAAGAGCUAAAAACACCCCUAAAUGAUCCAAAAAUGCCUCUCACUCCUAUUAUUCUAAAAAAUACAGAAUUUUACCGUUCAGAGAUAACCAAACUCACCAUGAAUUACAAACAGAAAUUAUCUUCAAUAGUAGACGAAGAAUUUGAAAAGCUCAAAUCAUCCAAAGAGGCUAUCCAAAUUUCAAACUUGGAGCACAAGAUCUCAGAUCUCCAGCUUUUAUUGGAGCAAAAACAGGUUGAGAUCUCUCAGGAGUCUAAAGCUCGGGAGAUCCUCCAGAACCUCCUAAAAACCAUCGAGGAUAAAAUAGAUGCUUUACAGCAGGAAAAUCAACAGCUAGGGUACCAGAAUAGGAAACUUUUGAAGGAGAUAGAAGCAAUCAGAGACCUUAUCCCUUCAAACCAGCUAGAAAUGGAUACAUUUGAAGCUUCACAAAAGAAGCAUUUGGAUUCUGAUACCAUUUCCCCUAAUAGAGAGUCAGCAGAAAGAUUCUAUUUCAAAAUUUUUGAAGAAAAAGCUACCUUUGAUAGCAACUUUAAGCUUGAGUUGGCCCUAAAUUCUUUAGAAGGGAGGAAAAUGGUUGAUGUCUGAGCUCUCUCAAAGCUUAGACUUCCUAAAAUCCGUAGGAUUUGUCUAGAUUCUUUAAGCGACGAAGAUGAAAGGCUGAAUAUGUUCUUGAAGUACUGUAUUCCUGAUGGAUUUCCAUUCCUGUGUCUGAUAUUUGGAAGCUAUUUUGGAGACACUCCUCCGAUAAAAGCUAAAUACUACCUUGAUGGGCUCAAAUCAGCUCUAAGUAGGGCUCAGAAGGAGAUCUAUCUCAGAUUUUUGGAGAUUGGGAUGGAAACUCUUCAGGAAAUUAUCAAAUCUAGUUGGAAUUGCAAGAAAGUCAUGAUCCAUUACUGCAGAGUGUCAAUUGAAGCCCCGAUGAAUCUAGAAAUCCAAUCCCAAAAAGGAGAGCCAUUGGAGUACCAGACCGAAUACCUUAGUUUCUAUUUUUGUGGAUAUGACAAUAAAGCACAAGAAGAUUUUACAGAGGAGGAGCGAAGGAAGAAUACAGAAUGGUUUGACAACUUAUUUUGCUCCAUUAGCUCUUGUAGCCUCAAGCAUAGCUUAAAGUACCUAAACUUAGGGUAUUGCAGUGUUCCAGAUAGUCUAGACUCUUUACUGUCAAAGCAUGACUUAUCCAAUAUUGCUAUUGUAGAUGAGUCAUUAGUUCCUUCAUCAUAGCAGAGAUCGUUCUGCUAGAACAUGUGCUAAGCUUCAGUCUGA